GCAGCCGGAGGAUCCAGCCCCCGGCGAGACCCCCGAGGAGGGGGAAGGAGGGCGGAGAAGGGGCUGCGAGGGAGGGCGCGGCGCAGGUAUUGCCUAGCAGAAAACCAUGGGCAAUUUCAAAGGCCAUGCCCUCCCUGGAAGCUUUUUCCUUCUUUUUGGUUUAUGGUGGUCGGUGAAGUAUCCACUGAAGUACGCCUGUCGAAAAAACAAGAACGCUUGCUACCUUGGUUCCAGGGCAGGAUUCCAGCGCCUGGAGUUUGUUGAGGGCGUCAUCAAAGCUGUCUUUGCCCUCAUUGGGAUGGUGGCUGAGCAGUUUGUUCCUGAUGGACCUCAUCUGAAGCUGUACAACUACGAGAAGCAGCACUGGGAUCACUUGAUGAACUGGCAGCACGCCACCAUGUACCUCUUCUACGGCAUUUCAGGGCUGGUGGACAUUGUGGCACACGGGACCAACGCUCUGCCAGCGGCCAUGGACAGGAUGAUGCUUUCCUUAGCAGUCUUUAUUGAAGGUUUUCUCUUCUGCUACCAUCUUCAUGGGAGAGCCAUGCUGGAUGUUCAUGUUCAUCAGUUACUGCUGUUUGCUAUCUUUGGAGCUGCUGCCUGCAUAUUUUUGGAAGUUUUUUUCCGUGGCAGUAUUGUGCUAGAGAUGCUCCGUACAAGCCUCUGCAUAUUACAAGGCAGCUGGUUCUGGCAGAUUGGCUUUGUGCUUUAUCCUCCAAAUGGGAGCCCAGAGUGGAACCAGACGGAUCACACUAACAUGAUGUUCCUGACCAUGUGCUAUUGCUGGCAUUAUGCCUUUGCUUUUCUUAUACUUGCAGUGAAUUACACAAUUGUCAGCUGGGCGGUCCGUUCGAAGGUUAAGCAGUCCCAGUCCAUGGAAAUGGGUUUACUGAAAACAUCUGAACGAGAUCAUGAGUCAGAAGAAGAAAUUUAGCAUGAGCAUGGCUUGGCCAGUUUGCCCACUCCAACCAUUAGGCUAAUUGAUACCUCAUCUCUACAUUUUUUUGCCAUCCUUUUAAUUCUUUACUAUGACUUGCUUUGCAAAUAUCAAUCCCCUAUGAUGUCUACAUCUACACAGGUUUUUUGUUUGUUUAUUUUGGUUUUGUUUGUUUGUUUGUUUUUUGUGAAGGGUAAACUUGAUAUUGAUUCAUGGUGGUUGCACUAGUACCUUGCUUAUCACAUGCUUCACAGAAAACCAGACUAGUAUUAGACAGACUUGGUGUGGAUGAGGUGGCACAAUGAAAUCUCUGUGUUUGCCUUAUUAAAAGCUAAGCAAAACGUUUUUCAGCCGCUGCUGGACAUAAAGUUCCCAUAAUUAGGGUGUCUAAAUAUGUGUGUUGGUUGCCCUGCAAGUACCUGUAGAUAAAUAACUGUGCAGACCUGGAAAACAGUAGAACAAGAUAAAGGAAUCACAAUCUCGCAGCUGUCUCGUGUAACAACUUUGUGUCUCUGCUUGUGGCUUUAAGUUAAACAGAGAGAACUUCUCACUGUGAACCCACUGAGUCGUUCACUGGAGAAUGUGUGGUGGUUCAGCCCCCAGAGACAGCACCAAGCUGGCAGGAGGACCAAAGAUGUGCAUGGUGAUCAAAACCAGUGCAGUUGUUCCUGCUUGUGCUAGACACUCUUGUCUGUUUGUCAUGCUUCGACUUUGCAAGGCAGUGCAGGUGACUCUGCCUUCCCUUGGUGCCUGGAACAAUUUCUUUUCCAGAAAGGCUGAGGGGUGUCUGGCCAGGCAGCACCUAACUGCAAAACCAGUUCCUUUCCCAAAGCUAUUUCCUUUCCUUUGGUGGAGUUUGGUGGUUUUCUGCAGGACCCAGAGCAGACACAUUACCCGCCACCUGAGUCAGGAGCGGGUAAUUCUGCUCUGUGGCAGGAUGAGAUGGUUUUACAUGCUGUAUCACCCCUUCGGUCACCAUGCAGCCUGCACAGUGCUGCACAGUGACCUGUGGGAGGGCAGAUGUUGCCUUCUUAGUAGCUCCACACCCAGCUACCAACAACAGUGAGGGAAUUAAAAAACAGCACUGCUUUUAAAUGCAUUUAUUUUCUCCACACAAACUGAUCUAGAGAAAAGCACAGUAUUCAUUGCCAAUGGCAGCAAACUGAUUGCUUUAAAAAGCUAGCUAAUAAAAUACCUUGUACUUCAAAGGGAUCCCAAGACACAAAAAAUCCUUACAGGCUUUUUCUAAAGCUACUUUACCUUCAAUGCAACAUAAAUAUUUACUUCACUUUUAAGAUCUGCCUUUUAUCUUCCCUUUUUCAAGGAGCGCCUUUCUUAGCUGCACAUGCUGUCAGUGCUGUAUUUUAGUCUGUCAGUUUUGUCAGUGCCUUUCCAAAAUCAGUGAUGUUGUUUAUUCUGAAGGAGAUCGUCAGAAACUACUUUGCUUUUCACAGGUAGAAACAAUGCAAGUUUCUUCACUGCUUUUCUUGAUAAAUACAUUUAAUAACGUGCAAAUAUUAAGGUGCUGUAUCUCUAAACUAAAAGGAUAACCUAAGAAGGAUGAAAAACACAAUAAACUCAGCUUUUGUAUGUCUUCUUAGAAGACUUCAGUUGGUAGUUUUAAAAAUUAUUUUAGAGGUUUGACAAGUAUCAUGAAGUAACACCUGUAACCAGGUGUCAGAUUAUCCAGAUGAAUCUUCUUUGGGAAGCCAGAGUAGUUGGCUCACAUACAUUUCUGCAUUUACAAAUAUCAAUGAGGAAAUUGCACAUUGCUAGCCAAAGAUCACUGCUUUUCUUAGCAAUUGUUGGCCCUUUUUCAAUGCCUUUCUCUGAACGCUCUCAGAGAUUUUGGCAAACUUUAGUAAAGCCUGUCUCGGGACAUUCUUGUAAGAUAGGUAUUGGUAUUUGUAGCUCCGUCUCAGCUUUACAGUGGUCUCACUACAAACUCUGAAAUAAUUGUAUUUACUCCACUCUGCAAAUCUAAGAUUUGAGUUUGAUUACUGUGGUUCCAUUAAAAUCAGAUUUUCCGUAGAAGGAAGAUCCAUGGCUUCCCUGAGGAGCUUGCCUGUUGAUUGCAGCAGGCAAAUGUACCCCCGUUACGAUCUUACCUUCAUCUCACCUCAUCACUGCUGUGUCUAAAUUGUGGGGAUUUUUUUAAAGGGCAGAUUCUUUUUCCUGUUAGAAUCGUUGGGCUACAAAGCUUCAGUAGUGCUAGGCAGAGAAGACAAUGCUUGUGCGUUAAAGAGAACUUGGGGAUCAUUACAAAAGUCUGUCGCAAUAAGCCAAAAUCAGUUGAUGAAGCGAGCCUCAUGGGUGAGCUCUGCACAUGGAAGGUGCUUAGCAAAAUCUCCUUUCAAAAAGAAUCCUCCGCUUUUAGAGAAGGAAAAGUGACAGUACUUGAACUCAUUGGCCAGAGAGUGGCUGCCUGACACCCUUCCUCCCAUGGAGAGGAGCCUGGGGACUCUGGCUCUGUCCUUACCCACAUCCAGCAGUGGCUGUAGAGCUUGGUCUUUUCUUUGGAGAAAAACUGGGCAGGAUUUGCUGAGAGGUACCACCUGCACCUCCCUCUGGGGCCCUGCUGUGAAUCUCUUGUAAAUGAUCACAGGACUGGACAAAUAAGGCCAGCACACACCUGCUGGCUUUGGUGCAACCAUGCUUAGCAAAGACGCCUCUAAAGAAGCCCAAACUGGAGGCUGAUGCAUUCUGUGACACAGAACAGUAGGGCAGGCUUUGUGCAAGAGGCUCUCUCCUCACAUUAAAAAAGGUGGCAUUACAUUAUCAAGCUUGGAGAAAUGCAAGGAACAGCAGAUCCCGAAGUCCCAAAGAAACAGUAGUCUUUUGAAUUUAAUUUUUAAUACUUAUAGUACAUGCAAAGUGAGUGUCACAGCAGGGGUUUGUGCCUGACGAAUUUAUGGUGCCACAAAGGAGAGAAGCACACUUAUUCAGGGUGGGGCAUUGCUACAUGGAAUGCCUGACCCAUCCUCCUGCGUCCAGAAGAGAUGCCCAGGAAUGGUAGGGCACCUAUUACAAUGAAGAAGGCACAGCCUUCGUCAUUCCACAAGCAGAAGGUAUUGCCUGAGUUGAACGAGAGGAGGGAAGUCUGACACGUUUACAAAUGACACUCAGAAAAAGGAAGCUGCUCUCAAGAAAAUUUAAAUUAUUUUUAAA